AAGCUCAUCCAACGGUGCAACUGAUAUUUGAACUAAAUAGUUAUUAAUAAUACUAAUAGAGAGCUUCUUGUUCAUUGCCUAAAGACCGUACAGUGUACAUAACUGACAUUAUACUUAUGGAUAUAUGGCAUAUUAAUUGUUUCCUGUCCAAUAAUUUUACUUAGUUCUAUGGAAUUAAAAACGGAUUCAUUUUUGAAAAAAAAUCUACAAGGUUCAAAGUAAAAUUAAAAACCUGUAUGAUGAACAUGAAAAAAAGAGACAAAAAAGUAAUAAAAUCAUCUUCUAAUUUGAUGCAGACCAAUAAAUCAGAUACAAUUGCAAGUUGCUCAGAUAUAGUAUUGUGGAAAAGCCCUCUUGUAACUCUUUACUAUUUUGUGAAAGAGUCACAUAGAUUUGCAUUGAAGUGUUGGUCCCAGCUCGUAGCUUUGAAACAACACUUACUUUUUUUGUUGAUUCUCAUGGUUCUUGGUUUGUUUUUGAACAUCACUAAUGGCUCUCAUCAGAAGUUAAUAGACAUCCUUAAGAAAAAUACAUCAAGGUUUUCCUAUUGGAUUGGUCUGGGAAUAUUAUCUUCAGUAGGAUUGGGCACAGGACUACAUACUUUUUUAUUAUAUUUAGGUCCUCACAUAGCUGAAGUUACAUUAGCUGCAUACGAAUGCCAAACUGUUGAUUUUCUAGAACCUCCUUAUCCGGAUGACAUUAUUUGUCCGGAGGAAGAAGGGUUGGGUGUGUCUGUUUGGUCAAUAAUGAGCAAACUACGCUGGGCCUGUUGUAUGUGGGGGGUUGGCACUGCAAUUGGUGAAUUGCCACCGUAUUUUAUGGCUAGAGCAUCUCGACUUUCAGGCCUGAUAGACGACGAAGAAGCAGAAGUUGAGGCUAUUUUAGCUGGAAAAAAGGGAUCUAAAAUCUCGCCGGUUGAUAGAAGUAAAGUUUUUAUACAUAACUUAAUUCACAAAGUUGGUUUCUUGGGUAUAUUAUUGUGUGCAUCCAUUCCUAAUCCUCUUUUUGAUCUGGCCGGCAUUACUUGUGGUCAUUUUUUGGUUCCAUUUUGGACUUUUUUUGGAGCUACCUUAAUUGGCAAAGCCAUAAUAAAAAUGCAUAUCCAGAAACUUUUUGUGAUUAUUGCUUUCAGUGAAAAACACGUGGACCAAGUAGUAAAUCUUGUAGAAAAUAUUCCAUAUAUUGGUCCCUCGAUCAAGAAACCGUUUGAAGAGUAUUUAGCAAACCAGAAGCUUAAACUCCACGCCUCCGACACAUCUACUUUGGAACACAACUGGUUGUCAUGGACGUUUGAAAAGAUUGUGCUGAUUAUGAUCGGCUAUUUUGUCAUUUCAAUCAUAAACUCGAUGGCGCAAAAUCAUUACAAGAGAUCAAUCAAAGACAACAGAAAGCAAUAAUUAAUGUUAAAUACAACAUUUAAUUGCUGAUUGACAUUUUCAAUUGCUAAAAAGUUAAUUUAAAUGAUGGCUGCCAAAUAGUCUUUUAUUUCAUUCUGUGUUAAUCUUCUGAAACCGUAGAUCAAACUGUAUUGUUGGGACAGUUUUCUUGCUGACUUUACCAACACCCUAAUAGAUUUAAUAUUAUUACAAAAGUCAUUAACAGAUAAAAUGUGUUAAUUUACCUGUAGUCAGGACCCAUUCCACUGUAUACCAUUCCAAUAUUUUUAGAUACCAUUUCAAUUUUAUUAAUGGUAUGUUCAUCAUACAAAAUUGAUUUUUGCUUUU